GGGGCUCGAGCACCGGCUUAGGGGAGACUCUCUCGCGUUUGAUUCGAUUCUUGGCGAUUCUCUCUCCUUCGUCGUCGAGUUGAGUCUUGUGCUGAAGGCUACCUGCGCGCGGGUCUUGGUCGGGUAUUGUGCAAUCUCCCAAGUGCCCAAAAAUUCUGCGGCUUGUUAUGGUUUCGCGUUUGAGAGCUGUGCUGGUGCGGAGUGUGUAGAGAAGAUCUCCUGAAACACAUGUGUGCGGCGAAGACGACGACGACGAGGACGACUGGUGUGAACCCCUUAGGUUGGUGUGGUUGGUCGCUUAGCCGGUUGCGCAUUUCUGUUGCGAACUUCUCACGCUGCGGACGUGUGUGCGACGAAGACGACGACGAGGACCGAAUCUGACCGAACUUUGCCAGUCUGCGGUGUCACAAGUGUGUGAGUAGCCCCUAGGUGUCCCCCCUACCACCCUCGCCUGGCCUAAGCAGAACACGCAACCUACGCAGCAACAACAACAACAACAGUAGUCACACUAGAAACGACAACAACAGCAACAACAACAACAAUAGUCGCGCUGAACAGCUGAAGAAGAACUUGCGUGCUUGCGUGGUGAAGGGAAGAUCAGCUGAGUAUCGAAAGGGACAAGGGGCUACGAAGAAGAGAGGUUACAAAGUGUGCGUGUGCGAGAACAAUAGCAGCGUGUACGCGAGAACAGUUACGGUGCAACGGUAGUGUCAAAGCGAGAGAAGAGAGGGCUUUUGUCGUGUGUUUUUUUGGGGAAGUACCGUUAGGUGAUCUUUGAACCCGUGGCCGUGAAGAAACAGCUGAAGAAACUGUGUGUACUAAUUUAGUGAGGACAUUCCACAGAAAAAAGGGACUGUACAGUGAAUGUGAUACGCAAGGAAGAGCACUCAGGUGAAGAACAAACCAAGGAAGUGUAACGGAAAAGGUGUGUGCCGGUGUUGACGCACAAUGGACUUGCUGUGCAAGGAAAGUAUCAGUAGCGUCAACGAGGUGCUACUCCCGAACCAAGCCAGUGCAGUGUCAAACCAGCAGAUGGAGAUGCGGCUCAACACGGCCAUCAAGGAUCCGAUCUUCCUGGACAACCGGUGCCUCGAAAACCUACUGAAGGCCGAGGACCGCCACGAGGCGCUCAAGAACACCAAUUACUUCAGCACCGUGCAGAAGGAGAUCAGUCCGAGCAUGCGCCGGGUCGUCGCCGAAUGGGUCAUCGAUGUAAGUUCAAAAUAUCCCAAAAUCCGACCUUUCGCCCGAAAGAUCGCAGUAGGCCACCAUUUUGAGCAGCCAAAACCCCGCAAGCUUGUGUUGGUGAAGAACGAAAACGCGAAAGCAAAGAGGGAUGACGAUGAUGAUGAUGUUGCGUUGGGAAGGGGGUUGAAAAAGAAGGAAUCGACGAAGCUUUCCGAUUGGAGCUUUCGGGGGGAGCAGCAGAACAGGUCGGCUGGUUGGUUGGUUCGCCGAUCGGCUCUGGAGGGGCGAUGGGAGCUGCUCGUGCUGAGCCGGCUCAAGUGGGACGUUUCGACCGUGACGCCACUGGACUUCCUGGAGCUGCUCCUGUGCCGGCUGCCGAUCGAGAACAAAAAGUGCCACGACAUCAGCAUAGAGAAAGUGAGGAAGCACGCGCAGGCGUUCAUCUCGUUAGCGGCGCGGGAACAUUACUUUUCCAACUACACCGCCAGCACGGUGGCGGCCUCCAGUAUUGCGGCAUCGCUCAGUGGCCUCAAGUGGGACCUCCGCAGCGGCCAGUCGAUCCAUCAUCUCAUCAAUCGGUUCACCGACCUCACCGGCGUGGAACAGGAGUUCAUCUUCGACUGCAUGGACAAGAUGGAGGCCCUGUUCCAGGAGCAGCGCCGCCGGUUGCCCCAGUCGGUGCACAUCGCGUCCGCGACGGCCACGAUCGUGUCCGCGGCCACAACCACCCAGUCGUCGUCACACCUGCAAACGCCCUGCGUCAACCUCAAGGCCAGCUCGACCACGCCCACGGACGUGCAGGACAUUGACUUCUAGAGACUGUGCGGAUGGGGUUGGAUCACAGUAGGCUAGGUUUGCGCUACCGGCCGCUAGGUGGCAGGCAGAAAACAACCAAAAUGGCGGGGCCCACCCAGCAGGGGGGAGAAAAAUAUACAACUUUUGGUGCUAUAUUAUACAUUUAUAAAUUUAAGGUAAACAAACAAACGCGGAAUCGACAAAAAAAAAACGAAUCCGGUGAGGAGUCGCAGGCGGCGAGUCGAACCGGAGAGCUGUCAAACGGGAAAGUGCGGGCGCCAUUUUGGUUGUUUCGCCGUUCACCGGAAGGAACACGGGGGAAAGUGAAACACUGACAGAGAGAGAGGGAGACAGCAAAUGGAACUGCGAUAUUUUUUUACGUUACAAAAACGCGUAGCAAGCGAAGAAAAGUAAGAAACUGAAUUAAAAACCAUCUGAAAUAAUGGCAUUUAAGGUAGGAGUUUGAGGUUAGAAAGGAAGGAGCAAAGUUAAUUGUUAAAGAAAACACAAACACACACAACUGAAGAUUUCUGAAAGAUUUCGUGUGCUUCCUAGAAUGAAAGAGAGAGAUGUUUUCCGCUGGAAAAUGCGCCCAAACACACAAAAAUAUUCUUAUAUAUUUUUAUUAGUCUUUGUACAUACUAGCAACGUAAGCAGCAGCCAGUGCACAAACACACACACACAAUACCUAGUGGAUAGUAAGUAAUAAAGAAGUUGGAAAUAUCGGAAAAAAGAGUUGAAACUUUAACAACACGCGCAAAUGGUGGCGAUGAAAGUUUGUGCUGAGAAAUUGGAAAUGCAUUUUUUUAGAUUUUGUGAGGUAAAACAAUCACAAUUUGUGAGUGUAAGGUGACAAGCAAGUUUGCCAUAGUCUGAUACCCCCUUGAGUUAGAUCGUAUCUAACGAAUUCGAGUGAUUUUUGUUGACUUUUAUUUGUCAAAUGUCAACUUGAAAUAUUUCAUCCAAUUUGUGCGAUGAAAUCUUUCAUGAAAUCCACCAAAUUUGUAUUUGGCUAAGUUGAUUUUAGUUGUAUUGUUAAGGUGACAACCAAGCUGUCAAAAAGAACAAUUUCCGGGCAAAUUUCAAAAGUAUCAAUAGAAUUCAGAGUAGUUUUGUUAAUUUGAUUUGGUUAACUGCGGUGGAUUUUCUUGAAAUGAUUCGAACUGUCAAAAAUCCACCAAAGCAUCCAUCGGUGGAACUUUUCUACCACAGUUUUGUGUGCGAUCAAUGUGGUAGAUGCUUUGGUGGAUUUUUGACAGUUCGAAUUAUUUCAAGAAAAUCCACCGCGGUUAACCGAAUCAAAUUAACAAAAGUACUCAGCUUUACGAGCUAAAUAUUUUUCGCCAGCUGACAGGUUCGCCGUACCUCAUAAUAUUGCAUGUAUCUUGCAUGCACAUUUGAAAUUGCUCAGUUUUCGUCAUAACCUAACUCACCCAAAAAUGAGUAAAAAGGUCAACUGUCAGAUUUAAGCGAAAUUCUCCCAGAAUUAAACGAAUAUUGAGUGAAAUUUGCCCAGAUCUGAGUGAAAUUCACCCGAAUCUGACAGUUGCCUUAUUUGCUCAAUUUUGAGUAGAUUCGGUUUUGAUUAAAACUAAGUGAUUUUAAAAGAGGUUGUGUGCAAUGUAGAAAAAUUGACAGCUUAAGAGAAGAUUUGUUUUGUGAACAUUUUUUUGUAAUUUUGAAUCAAAAAAGGAGCUUUCAAAAUGCAGUAUAAUGUUUCCCAAACUGGGUUAAAAUUAUUUUUUUAAUUCGCUAAGCAAAAUUGUAAUUUCUUUGGUAUAAAUUUUAAUGGAACCACUACUUAAUAUUCGAAUGAAGAUUCCUCAGAAUGAGUGACAAUGAAGAAGUUUUUCAAUAAUUCCUGAGAAGGUGUGAUUUUGACGAAAUCUUUAUGAUUUUAUUUGAAGAAAAAAAUUAUUUCAAAUGAGUGUGUAAAAUAUUUGAUUCAAUAAAAUUACACGCUUAUCUACGACAACUUAUUUCUUGUCAAAAUGAUAGGAACCAGAUUUGACUCAUUUUUCGGCGAAGGUCACUCAAAAUUACACAAUUUCAUAAGAUUUUUUUUUCAAAUAAUGAAUUUUGUAUACACUGUCAAAAUUUUGUCCAAACUUUAAAAUUCUAAACGUACCCAUCAAAACGAUCAAAGCUGAUUUUUUGAUCUUUAUUUUCCUUUCCAUGAAAAUAAAUAAAAUAAACAAGACAAUUUAAAACUAAUUUGAGAAUCGUAUUAUUUUGAACAUUUUCUGAAUUAGUUUUCAAAAGAACGCUAGUGCCACCGCUAGCUGCGGUAAUAAUUUGCAUUUUCCUCUAAAACAAAGCGAAAUUUCAUGGUUUUUGUGCCUAGAUAUUUUGAUGGACGUAAUGGUAUUAAAUCUGAAGCAUUUUUAUUAUCUUUUUCAGUAAAUAAAUCGAUAAUCGAUCUAAAGGCUGCUUUAUUUACAAACAGCUAUUGCGUCCUUUUCAAAACUUACCAAUGAUUGUGAGUGAUUUGCACACAUGUCAAAAAUUACACAAAUUUCGAUAUGACAGAACUUUCUUCCAAAAAAAUCUUUACUGAAGGGCGUUUUAGGCUAUGACAAACAAACAAACUCAUUUUUUGACAGUUUGGCAGUUUGCCUGCUUUGUUUGUUUGCCUGCAUUUGUUUGCAGAAACGUCAGGCUUUGCUUGCGAGAUACUUGCAAAAAAAAAAUUUUGGCGAUUUUUGACAACUGUCAAACACAGAAAAGUGCGAGUUUGUUUGUUUGACGUAGUCUUAUACCUCCUUGAGUUAGUUCGUAUUUACUGAAUUCUGAGUGAUUUAUUGUUGACUUUUGAUUGACAAUUGUCAGCUUGAAAUAUUUCAUCAAAUUUGUGGGAUGAAAUGUUUCAAACAAAUCCACCAAAUUUGUGUUUGGCUAAGUUGUUUAUGCGUUCUGACAGAUGAUGAUGCAGCUUUGCACGCUGCAAUAAAUCAAGUCAAAACCGAGUUUAAUCAAACUGAAAUUAACUUUUCAAGUACUUUAUUAAUUCAAAUUGAUGCAAAAGAAAACCCUCCAAUCGAAAUUUCCAGCACACUUUCCACCGCCCCCAUUUGUGUCGCAUUUUUUCUUAAAUGGGGAAAGCAUAUUAUUACGCUUUAUUGUUACGAGGGUGAAUUUCCGCACGCACAGGAAUAACGGUGAGUUUGGAGCGAUCGGCUCACUCGAUUCGGGACGCAUCGCCAGUUUUAAAACUUGGAGCUUCCCAGCUAGAAAAAAACGAAGCAGCUGCUUUCCUUACAAAAAAAAAAAAAAUAAAGAAAUGAAGCAGGAAUCAAUAUAACCAAGCACAAAGCAAAUCGCAAGACUGUUCUGAACGGUUCCUCAUAAUUACGUGUUAUUUUGUUGUUGAGUAAAGUUCUUUUGUUUGUAGUGUGGUGCGCAAGUAGUGGAGGAAGAGAACAAUACGCUUAAGGGAGGAGGAGAAACGCACACGCACACACGAGCACACUUUCUCACAAAUCCAAACAAAUGAAAGCUCACAACUGCAGCAAUUAAUAAAAAAAAACUGGAGAGAAAAAGACCAGCAGCAUUUCAAACAAAACAAAUAAGCAAACUGUAUAGUCAAUAGUAAGAGAGAACGCAUCGAGAAUCAUAUAUACUAAAAGAUAAAGAGAAUAAGAUGAAACUAAGUAAAAGUUCCUUUAAAAAACAAAAUGCUGAGCGAAAGAUUUCAACCGCUGCACAAGGGGGGGACCCCAAACAUGAUUUGAAAUGUUUCAAACGCGCGACAAUCUGAUGAAAUUGAUUCUUAACAUUUUACGCACAAAUACAAACAAAAGUAAGUUAAAAAAAACAGUGACAAAGUCAAGUGCCUUAGAAAGUAUCAUAUCAAUUUGUGUAAUUAUUAUUUUAUAAAGAAGAUAUUUUGAAAUGAAACUGCGCAAACGUUUGCAUGGAAACGCGUAGCCCAUAGUCACAAAAAGAAUACAACAUUUUAGCUUCGUAAGGCUUCGGUUUAAGUAUACCCACUAGGAAUCUUCCAAACAAUCUAACUAUCUUCCCCUCACCGUGUAAAUAUUGAAAUCGAGGGGGAGACAAGCUGACACUUAAAGAAAAAAAAGAAAUGAAACAAAUCCAGUCUUCCAAACAGAGCUAGGGUACAGAUCAAACAGAGGGCACGAUCGCAAAAUGAACGAAAAUUAAAAAAAUCAACUGCCAAUAGUUUAGAGAAAAAAACAAAAAUAUGACAAUAAAAUCAACACUGAAAACAGCACACCGAUCCACGUACAACAAUAGUUUUUACAAUAGUCAACCCCCACCCAAAAAAAAACAAACAAAACUGAAAGCCAGUCUUCCAAAGGUAAACUGUAAAUAGUGGUCCUUUUACCUUGCCAAAAUGCACUCACUCACUCACUUACUCACUCCACAUACACACACUCAAGCCAGCAAUGCAAUAGAAUUAAUCCACCCUUACCCCCACCCCUUUGUAACGCAUGCAAUCAAUCAAGUGUCCUUAUCUAGGGUAGUUUAGUAGAUUGCGAAUCAAAGUAGAAACAAAAAAAAACAA